UUAAUACAGUGUCUUGUACCAAAACUCUAGUGCUGAAUCUUGGUGCAGGCUCUGCCCAUUUGGCGUGCGUUGAACCGUGCGUUUGCGCAACAUGCCCACAUACAAGUACCUACAUGAGUAUGAGCCGGCAAGGCCGGCGACGGCUGACAAGCCGUCCGCUAGUCCUGUGUAUCGCAGCGUGUAUGUGAAGGAUGGGUUUCCCACUGUCGAGUUUGCAACCCUGUUCGAAAUGUUCGAGCAAUCAUGCAUAAAGUACCCCAACAAUCAGUGCCUUGGCAAGCGAGACAAGAAUGAGAAGGGUGAGGCGGGCCCUUUCGUUUUUAAGACCUACGCCGAGGUGCACAAAGAGGUGGUGCAAGCGGCGUCAGCACUCCGUGCCUUGGGCGUUGAGCCUAGCCAGCGGGUCGGAGUAUUCGGCGCCAACUGCCCAGAGUGGAUGGUUGCAAUGCAGGCCUGCAACCGUAUGUCCUUGCAAUGCGUCCCGCUGUACGACUCCCUGGGCGAGAACGCCGUCGAGUACAUCAUCAACCACAGCGAGUCUGUGGCUGCGUUCUGCUCUACUCAGAAGCUGCCGGCGCUGGUGAAGGCCCUGCCCAGGACGAAGGAGACGCUUAAGUCAGUCAUUUACUGGGGGCCGGGCAAGGAGGAUGCCAUCAAGGCUGCCACGGACAUUGGCUACAAGGUGCUCUCGUUCAGCGAGCUUUUGGCGCUUGGGGCUGAGAAGCCAGCGGAACCGGUCCCUCCCAAGCCGGAGGAGCUUUGCACAAUCAUGUACACCUCGGGCACCACCGGCGCGCCCAAGGGCGUCAUGCUGACACAUGCGGCUGUUGUGGCCGCGGUGAACACCGCCGGGUCUUACUGCAAAUUCAACAACGUUUACCUGAACGAUACGGACCGGAUGCUGUCCUACCUGCCGCUGGCGCACAUUUUCGACCGGGUGAACGAGGAGUGGUUCCUAUCCAUGGGCGCUGCCAUUGGCUACUGGCAGGGUGACGUGACGAAGCUGGUGGACGACGUGGCGGCACUUCAGCCGUCGCUGUUCAUCGGUGUACCGCGCGUGUUUGACCGCAUCUACACGGGCAUCAUGUCUCAGAUCAACAACGCUAGCUUCUUGAAGCGCUCCCUGUUCAACUGGGGCUUCAGCCGCAAGCUGUACUUCCUGCGUCAGGGCUACUCGCACACCAAGGCUGCGCCUUUCUUCGACAAGCUGAUCUUCAGCAAGGUUGCAGCGCGGUUUGGUGGCAAGGUGAAGGCUGUGGUCAGCGGUGGCGCCCCCCUGGCCCCCCACGUGGAGGACUUCCUCCGCGUCAUCAUGUGCGCGCCGGUGGUGCAGGGCUACGGUCUUACCGAGACUAACGCCGCGUCCUUCAUUGCUGCAGCGGACGUCAUGGAGCACGCCGCAACGGUGGGGCCGCCCACCCCCUUGACGGAGUUCCGUCUGGAAUCGGUACCCGACAUGAAGUGCGAUGCGCUGGACCCCAAGCUACCCAAGGGCGAGGUCCUCAUCCGUGGCGCUGCCAAUUUCACCGGCUACUACAAGGCCCAAGACAAGACGGACGAGGUGGUCGAGAGCGACGGCUGGUUCCACACCGGCGACAUCGCCGUGAUAACGCCCACGGGAGCUAUCAAGAUUGUGGACCGCAAGAAGAACAUCUUCAAGCUGAGCCAGGGCGAGUACGUGGCGGUAGAGGCGCUCGAGUCGACCUACAAGAAGGCCACCGUGGUGGAGCAGGUCUGGGUGUAUGGCAACAGCUUUGAGAACUGCCUCGUGGCUGUAGUGGUUCCUAACAAGGCUGUCAUCACGGCCUGGGCCAAGGAGGCCGGCGUGUCGGGCGGGUACGAGGAGGGACUUCUGGAGGAUCCGCGUGUCAACCAGUACAUCCUCUCGGAGCUGGUCCGCGUUGGAAAGGAGGACAAGCUGAAGGGUUACGAAAUCAUCAAGGCGGUCCAUUUGGAUCACGUGCAGUUCAGCGUUGAGGAAGACCUCAUGACGCCCAGCUUCAAGCUGCGCCGGCCGCAGUUGCAGGCGAAAUACCAGAAAGUGAUCGACGCCAUGUACACGGACAUCAAGAAGAAGGAGGCGGAGAAGACGCGCGAGUAAUUGUGUUAAGCAAAUGGAGCUUGUCAUCCGGGCUUGGCAAUUUGCGGAUAAAGGACCGGUGAAAGCGCAUAUGUAUGUACGCUCGGAGCUGAGAUAAGCGGGGCUGUGGAGGGGAAGGUUUCAUAGAAGACACUCUGCUCGAAGGCACACUCUUACGGGCAUUUGUUUUGGCACCGGCUGGCAAUGCCGUGGUGAGCAUUGAAUGGGAGGUUCAGUGGAUAUAGCCGUUGACCCGACCUGCUGAUGAGGAUUGCGAUUGUAUAUAACUUGCCCUACAAACUGAAGUCGGAUGGGGUGAAUGGAUUAGGGUGCCCCUCCAGCAGGGGAGAGUAGGGAAUUGCCUCGGGAAGGAGGCUACUGGUGAAGCUUAACCACCCUGUAACAUCAACUUGCCU